AUGUCUGGCUCAGGUCCCGAUGGUCAACCUCAAAUGCAUAUGGGUGCUCCAUCACAAGUGCAGCUUCCCCAAAUGCAGCCUCCAAUGCAGCCGCAAAUGAGACCGCAACCAGUCAUUCGUCAUGCUAUGUCAGUGCACAUGCCUCAAGCUCCAGGCAUUGUUCGUAUGCAACGGCCGCAGAUUGUUAAGACUGGUCAAAUGGCUGUAGAUCAACCCGUCGCACCCUUCGUUGGAGGACAGGCUCGCAUGUCAGCGGGAGGGCAAAUGCCUCAGCAAGUUCAUGUGAUACCCCAGGGUGUGUUGCAACCGCAGCCACAAUCACAGACCACCUAUAUGACGACUGAUGCGAGUCACGGCAUGCAAGUAGGAAUGAUCGAUCAACAGCGACCCAUGGAAGAAUUGGGUGUCUGGGAGAUCCAGACCUCUUACAUCCAAAUCUCUUAUCAACGUUAUAGCUAUGGGCAACAGGGUAAUGCACACCUGCCUACAAUGCCAAUAUUUCAAAUGGGAGCUCCGGGUGUUCAGCAGCCCGUCUAUAGCACCACACUGCGUGUUGGUGCACCCGGUGUUCAGCCACCAAUUUCUACUACCAAUGCUCCUAUUCGUUUCAUCUCAAAUACCAACAAUGCGUCGCGCUGUUACGAUCUACUCUUGUCUUUCGUAGUGUGUGGGCACCUUGUACACAUUCGAGUGGCUAAGGAUUAUUGGCUGGUUUGUGUUAUGGGUUCCUCAGCUCAGUUUAAAAAGGCACUAUGGGACCAAUUGUUGGCAUUUUCUAAGGCAAUGCAUCUGGUAACGCAGUCGAACCAAGUGCAAGUGGGCACUCAGCAGCACUUCAUUCCGGCGGAAGCGCAGCAACAACAACGUAUAGUGGUACCACAGCCUCGUGCCAACGGCCCUACUAUGAAAAUUAUCCCCUCCCAACAAGCGUUGGUCUCACAGGGCGGUGGCGGUGGUGGAGGUCAGACACCAGUUAGGUCAUCAACGAACACCAUGGUACAGCCACAAUGUCAACAGCCCAGCGAACAUGCUUGUGCUUUGAUUUCAGCCGUUGGAGCUCAGACAAUCCACGUCUCGACAACGACGACGGCUACGUCACCUGGUGCUGUCGGACCGGCCGCGCCGGACCAGCAACAACAGCAGCAGCGGUAUUUAAUGUUGCUGGAAAGUGCAAUACAACAUGUUCGCAUUCAUCAGCCGGAUGCAGAUUUGAAAAACUAUCAUCAACUCAAGGCCUUCUUGGAAAGGGACAAAAUUCCGCCGCAAAAUAUUGGUCGAAUUGAAAUGUUAAUUCGCCAGCUUCAACAGGAUCCAUUCCAUCUUCUUCGAAAGCGCGCUGCGCAACAACAACAACAACAACACCAGGGUGUUGUGGUGGUCGGUGGUAGUGGUUCUGUUUCAGAAGAAACGCGCCAAAAAUUGCUUGCUCAAAAGAGAGUGGCUCCAGCUCAACGAUUUGUGCCUCCUGGAAUUCGACCCACUAUCGCCACAUCUUCGAGUCUAAAUUCUCUUUUGUCGCAGCCAGUGGACCCUCCUGAAGCUGCAAUAUGUUCGUUUCCAAGCCAAAUGGCGCCUCAAUCUGUCGCCGCAGCUCGGCACAUUCAGCAACAGCAACAACAAAUGCUAGUAACAUCGGAACAAGCUCACCAGAUCCCUGUCGACCCUUUUCAGGCUGCUAUGGAUAAAUUGGCAAAGGAAUUUGUGGCACUUGAGAAGCAGGUGGGUAGAGUGCGCUUCUCUCGAGCAAUGGACGAGAUUUCAGAAGAGACGCGUGAGUUGCGUGCGACAACAGGGCACAUGCUACCACGGGACAUUUUCCCAAGUUCUCUGCCUGUGGGAAAGGUGGGUAUCAAGGCGGAAUCGUUGGAGAAAGACGAAAUGGAUUUUUUCAUUGGAUGCAAGUCUGUGGGAGGAGGGAUGAAAAUUGAGGGCGACUCUGGUAGUGUUUGUAGUAGCAAACAAACGUUCGACUCAAAACGACCGAAAGUAGAUAUCGGGCGCCAGACUGCGGAGGAAGCGCCCACUUAUGUUGGCGCUGAAGAUCGCCUUGUGUACAGCGGGAAGUCGGCGAUGGAUGCACACCUUAGCAUGGAGGAUGUGAAUCCCCGACUGCGGCAGGAGCUGAGUCGUAUUAGGGAUAGCCUUGAGGGGGUGGAAAUUUCACUGGCCCAUCCACAACAGAGCUCCACAAUGUCUGCUGGUGGAUAUCCCAGUAUGGAAGAGAUGGAAAACCACGUCACUUGCCGUGAUGUGGCAGAGUGGAACAGCAGUCUUCACUUUAAAGUUUUAUUCACUGACAAGUUGAUGCCCUGUCAGGUGCCUCCCCUGUUCGUUCGUCUGCCACCGGAUUAUCUGGUCCUCCCGCGAGUCAACUGGCUCAUUCGUGGGUCUGAUUUCAUGUUUCAAUCUCAGGCGGAGCGGAGCGAAGAGAAUCAUUUCUACACGCGAGAUGAGGUGACCGCCUUCCGCAAGACCGCCUCUACUUUGGUUAUACAAUUUAUGGAAGGCCUCCGCCUCCGUCAGCAUCCUCCAUCCAAUGGAUUUGGCGGCGGUUUCAUUAUCUAA